AGACGCUUUAGGAAGUCACAACCUUUCAAAGUGGGAAGGAAGAGAAGCAGCUCUGAAGAAAUGGAGAAUUGCUUCAGCAGCUCUUUGUUCUGCUGUCUCACCUCCCUACUUCUCCUCAUCCAGCUGCCCACCUGUGUGUCCGCAGACAACUUCCUUGUGAUGGGACCCUUGGACCCUAUUGUGGCGGUGCUGGGCGGGGAUGCCGUGCUACCCUGCUUCCUGUCCCCAGCCAUGAAUGCGGAGAGCAUGGAGCUGAGGUGGUUCCGCAGCAAGUUCUCAGAUGUGGUGUUCGCCUAUCAGAACCAACAGGAGCAGAACGAGGAGCAAAUGGCCCAGUAUGCAGGGCGGACCUCACUUGUGAGCGACUUCCUCACCCAGGGGAAGGCUGCUGUGCAGAUAUACAAGGUCCAGGCUUCUGAUCGUGGGCUGUACACCUGCUUCUUCAAAAAAGGAGCCUUCUAUGAAGAGGCCACUUUGGAAUUGAAGGUGGCAGGGGUGGGCUCUGCUCCUGAAGUUCGCAUUGACGGGCCAGAGGACGACGGGAUCCGCGUGGUGUGCACGGCCUCGGGGUGGUUCCCAAAGCCCCGGGUCCGGUGGAGACACCUUAGCGGAGAGAACUUCUUGGCGUUCUCUGAGGCCCAUGCCCAAGAUGCUGAGGAGCUAUUCAGUGUGGAGGCCACUCUGGUGGUGAGAGACAGCUCUGCGGGGAAUGUGACCUGCUCCAUCUUCAACCCCAUCCUGGGCCAAGAGAAGGUGGCGGCCAUUUUCCUCCCAGAGCCCUUCUUCCCUCAGGCCUCUCCCUGGAAGUCAGUGUUUGUUGUGAGCAUGGUCAUGCUGGGUCUCCUACUCUUUGGGGCCGGAUAUUUUAUCCAGAGAGAACGUUCCACAAAGCUGCAGGUGCAGCAGGAAAGGCAGCGUCUGCGCCAGGCUAAGGAGAAGGACCAGAAGGCAAAGGAGGAGGCGCUGCAGACCGUCGGUGCACUCCAGGAAGAGCUUAACAAGAGGAAGAAAGCAUACGGGGUUGCCUGGAGGAAGGCCCAGCUGUAUGCAGAUUGGCGGACGGAACAGUUCCAGGCCUGGUCUAUCAUUCUGAAUCCAGGCUCUGCCCAUUCCAACCUUGCCAUUUCUCCUGACAAGAGGACAUUGACCUGGAAGGACACCUGUAGUGACUCAAAUGCCUAUUCUAGCGUGUUGGGCCUUGAGGGCAUCACAUCGGGGCGAGUUUACUGGGAAGUGGAGGUCAAGAAUGGAGACUGCAGUCUGUGGACUCUGGGGGUCUGUAGGGAAGAUGUGAAAAGGACAGACUGGUACAAAGAGUCCCCAGAUAAGGGGUUCUGGGUUAUGGGGCACUUUGAAGUUGGGUAUUGUGCCUGUACUAAACCUGAUACUCAGCUACGCCUUCAGCAGGUUCCUCACAGAGUAGGUGUCUUCCUGGACUACGGUGAAGGAGAUGUCUCCUUCUUUAACAUGAAUGAUGGGUCCCACAUUUUCUCCUUCCCUCCGGCUUCCUUCUCAGGGACUCUGUUUCCAUACUUCAUGUUUCGUUCAGGAGAUUUGUCCAUGACCGUCUGCUCUGUGGUGGGUGGGCCUGAGGGGCUCCCUGUGUCCCAUAACAAUUCUUCUUUGGAGGAGCUGAAGAGCUCCCCAGGGGAGGGGUUCAGCUCAGGCUCAGGUGUUGGUGGUAUUCCUGCAGAGGUGGAAUCCCCAUUACUACCCUGCAGCCCUGAGGCUGUGCCAUCAUAGGGUCUUAUUACUGUCCUCUGACCCCUGAGUGUGGCUCUUCCAGGAGCUACAGACUUCUUGUGGCAAAAGCCUCUGAGCUGAGUCCUGGAUGGCCCUGGGAACCUUGUCCUCUUGUUUUGAGUGCAGAGUCCUGGGGCAUGUCAUUAUGAGAAUAGUUAAUUUAUGCUUUGUGUUCAGCUAGCGUAAGAUAAAAGUUGGCUGUUGUUGGAAUUGCCUGAGGUAGGCUGAGUUUAACCAGGAGAAGUCAUCUUAUUUUGGGUAUUAAAACAUAUUUCAUGGGGGUGUCUAAAAUAAAUGUUUCAUAGUAUUUG